UAGAUAGCGUUACAGACCUUUUCUACCGUUGUUUCUAUUAGACAUCAACAAUUAUUGUGUAAUAGAUCUACAAUCAGCAGUUAGUGUUUGGAAAUAUAACUUCUGUGAUAUGUCGGAAAUUUCAAUAAAUAAUAUUUAAACUCAGACAAUCUUUUUUUUGAAAUGAAAGUUAAUGUAGUGGACAUCUUUGUUUACGACUAAGAUCUCAGCAGAGGCAAGAAUCUUAACCUUUCGAAUUUAACUGAAACAUGGCGCGUCAAAGCAUUAAUGCAGACUCAGAGAAAAUGCAUAAUUUGUUGGGUAACAAAAGUAUUGACUUAGAUAAUUACAGGAAGCUAAUCAAAUCAUACAUUGAGUUGCAUUUGUACAGUGCUGCUUUAUUUUGGGCAGACAAAGUUGUUUCAUUGAGUAAUGAAGAUCCUAAAGAUAUAUGUACUUUGGCACAUUGUAUGUAUUUAAUGAAACAAUAUCACAGAGCUGCUCAUAUUAUCAGAAGUCGUGGACUGGAGAAGACGGAUAUUAUGUGUCACUAUUUGACAGUAAGAAGUCUUCUUGAAGCAAAAGAAUAUAAUGAAGCAUUGCAAGUUAUUAAGGAAUCUGAAAUAUGUACAAAUAUGACACAAUCAGGUAUAAGUUAUGACCGCACACCUAUUUUAGAAGAUGCUCCAAAAAAUGUACAAAGUUCUAUACUGUAUGUGAAAGGACGAGUAUACGAAGCUAUGGAUAAUAGGGCAGUUGCAACAGAUUGUUAUAAAGAAGCUUUACGUCGUGAUGUUUAUUCCUAUCAAGCAUUUGAAGCUCUAGUUCAAAAUCAAAUGCUUUCAGCUUCCGAAGAGAAAGAACUUUUGGAAUCCCUUCCAUUUAGUGAACAGUGCACAGAAUCUGAAACAGAGCUUUUACGUUUGCUAUAUGAAAGUAAGCUCAAAAAGUACCAAGAACCAAAUAAGAAGCAGACACUUGCACCUUGCAGUGUGAUGGGAGUUCUUGUCAGUGAUAGAUUGUUAGGAAACUUAGAUAUGGAAGUGUCAGAAGCAGAGAGACUGUACUAUAAUUGUGAUUAUCAAAAAUGUUUCUCACUUACAGAAAGAAUAUUGAAAAAAGAUCCCUACCACAAUUCAUGCCUACCAGUACAUGUAGCCUGUUUAGUGGAAUUAAAAAAGACAAAUGCUUUAUUUUACUUGGCACAUAAAUUGGUUGACUUGUAUCCAGAUAUGGCCUUAGCAUGGUUUGCAGUUGGUUGUUAUUAUUAUAGUAUAGGCAAAAGUGAUCCAGCAAGAAGAUAUUUGGCAAAAGCAACAGCAUUAGACAGAUUAUUCGGUCCUGCUUGGUUAGCUUAUGGACAUUCUUUUGCAGUAGAAAGUGAACAUGAUCAAGCAAUGGCUGCUUAUUUUAAAGCUUCACAAUUAAUGAAUGGUUGUCACCUGCCACUUUUAUAUAUUGGACUCGAAUGUGGCUUAACAAAUAAUCUUAAAUUGGCUGACAAGUUUUUCCAGCAGGCUCAGGGAAUAGCUCCAAACGAUCCAUUUGUAAUACACGAGAUGGGAGUCAUAUCUUUUUACAAUUUAGAUUACAAAACUGCGGAACGACAGUUUAAGGAAGCUAUGAAAAGAAUUCAAGGCGGUCUGACGGAUGUUAUCCUGCCUAGUAAAUGGGAAGCUCUUCUGAAUAAUUUAGGUCACACUUGUAGGAAAAUGAAGAAAUACGAAGAGGCUUUGGAGUAUCACCAACAGGCAUUAGUACUGAAUCCAUUGAAUCCAUCAACGUAUUCAGCGAUAGGUUUCAUUCAUGCCCUGACGGGAAAUACCCAGGAAGCUGUCGACGCUUUUCACCGAGCACUUGGUCUUAGAAGAGAUGAUACUUUCAUAACAACUAUGUUAACUUACGUAAUGGAACAACUUAUAGAGGAGUCGCCUCCAUACCCUGACGCAUCCGUUGAUAUUCCAAAAUACAGAUUUCCAAAAGUUAGGCUUCAAGAUACAGAAACUUCAGAACUAUUAGAUAGUACAAAUAAUAUAACCGAAACAGGUAAUCAGGAUAUCGAUAAAUUACGGGUAAAUUUAUUUUCCGAAUGGGGAGAGGAUUCUGGCAAAGCUGAAGACAACACUCCUGACAAGGUGGAAAGCAAUUCACGAGAUGUAGUCGUGAAUUACUCCAGUGAUAUUAGUUCAGAAGUUGAGAUGUUAGACUCGUCAACGGCACACAUAGAGUAUAAAUAAAAUCAACGAAUUUUUUAUGCUUUUAAUUGAUUUGUCUAUAUAAUAAAUAAUAAUUUUCCAAGCAAUAAUUUUGCUUGAA